CCGUUCCACUUCCACCGGAAGUGCUAGGUUGUUGACAGUGUCACGUGACGAGAGCUCCUGUAGCCACGUGAUCACUCUCCAAAGAAACAGGCCUCCUAAUGGAGUCUGACAGAGGAGGAAGAAGAAGAAAGACAGGGAGACGUGGUGGCGACGAGGUGAGUUGCGACAGACUUCAUUUGGAAGAGGACAGAGAUGUCAGGUUGUCUAAAUCAAUGUCGUAUGCUCUUCGCCAUGGAGCCAACCACAUGGGUCUACACUUAAGUGUGGAUGGUUACCUGUUUGUGGAGGACCUGCUGGCUCACCCGCAGUUUCGCUCGUACAAACUGGAGGAUGUUGAGAGAGUGGUGGCCACAAAUGACAAGCAGCGUUUUAAGAGCCGUCCUCACCCAGAAGACUGCCGCUUGCAGAUUCGAGCCAAUCAGGGACAUACAUUGCAGGUAACGGAUUUGGAGCUCAAGCCGGUUCUGGCUGGGUCUCCUGACUGUCCUGCUGAGGCCGUUCACGGAUCCUACCUGUACAACUGGAGCUCCAUUCAGCAGCACGGCCUGAGUCGCAUGAGAAGGACACACAUCCAUCUGGCCCCAGGCUUGCCACAGGAAAAUGGUGUAAUAAGUGGUAUGAGGAGAGACUGUGAUCUAGCUAUAUUUAUUGAUGUACGCAAAGCUCUUGCUGAUGGUAUUGAGUUCUUCUGGUCAGAGAACCGUGUUUUGCUGACAACAGGGAACUUCGAGGGAAAACUGCUCCCGGCGUACUUCAGCCGAGCCAUUCGACUCAAGCCGACAAAUGUGUCGUCCUUUUUUAGGGAGCAUCCUGCCACUGUGAUGCCAGCAAAAGAUUGAGCAACAAUUGGUCAAAAGAUUGAUCAACAAGUCUAUCCAACCAUCCAUUUCUUAUGCUGUACAUUCUCAUUCAGGUCAUGAGUGAGCUGGAGCCUAUUCUAGAUCACUUUUGGCAAAAGGCAGGCUACACCGGGACAUUCACACAUAUGGACAAAGUGAGUCUUCAGUGACCUAACAUGCAUGUUUCUGGAAUGUGGGAGGAAGUUGGAGGGCCCAUGCAAGCAGGGGGAGAACAUACACACUCCACACAGGAAGGCCAGAGCCAAGAUUUGAACCCCAAACCUCAGAAGAGUGAGGCAGACGUGCUUACAACAAACAACAAAAGUUGGGAAGUCUUAUUAUUGAAAGGGAUCGACUAUUUAUAACCAUUGUCACAUUUUAAUUACAAGUGCUUUUGAGUUGUUUGUUGUUCGGCACUCGUUUACUUCCAAAUCUAACUCUCCAAAGACAACAAUACACAAGGCUGCAUACAAACAACCAGGCAGACCUAAAAUGACCUGAGAUGAAUGCUCAGCAUAUCACUGUGUGAAAAUGGUAAUGGCUUCUGAUGCCUUGACAACAGGGUGUGAACACAAGUGAGCGUUAAACACAAUUUAUUUUAUUAAAAGGGUAAGUGGUAAACAU